AUGGGGAGAGGACUCCUGGGGGAGAGGACUCAUGAGGAGAGGACUCAUGGGGAGAGGACUCAUGGGGACAGGCCUCAUUGGGAGAGGACUCAUGGGGGAAAGGACUCAUGGGGAGAGGACUCAUGGGGAGAGGACUCAUGGGGGAGAGGACUCAUGGGGGGAGGACUCAUGGGGGGAGGACUCAUGGGGGAGGAGGACUCAUGGGGAGAGGACUCAUGGGGAGAGGCCUCAUUGGGAGAGGACUCAUGGGGAGAGGACUCAUGGGGGAGAGGACUCAUGGGGGAGAGGACUCAUGGGGGAGAGGACUCAUGGGGGAAAGGACUCAUGGGGAGAGGACUCAUGGGGAGAGGACUCAUGGGGAGAGGACUCAUGAGGAGAGGACUCAUGGGGGAAAGGACUCCUGGGGGAGAGGACUCAUGGGGAGAGGACUCAAGAGGGAGAGGACUCAUGGGGAGAGGACUCAUGGGGGAAGGACUCAAGAGGGAGAGGACUCAUGGGGAGAGGACUCAUGGGGAGAGGACUCAUGGGGGAGAGGACUCAUGGGGAGAGGACUCAUGGGGAGAGGACUCAUGGGGAGAGGCCUCAUUGGGAGAGGACUCAUGGGGAGAGGACUCAUGGGGAGAGGACUCAUGGGGAGAGGACUCAUGGGGAGAGGACUCAUGGGGAGAGGACUCAUGGGGAGAGGACUCAUGGGGAGAGGACUCAUGGGGAGAGGACUCAUGA